AUGUCAUCGUUGUCAGAAGUGGAAACGCAGGAUACGUUACCAUUUGUGGUAGACCCAACACCACAAAAACAGACGAUCGAACCACCAAAGAUUGUAGCACCAUCGAUCGACCAAGUUGAUGAGGAUCCCGAAGUAUUGAGGUCCCUAAGAGGUCAGGGUCGUUAUUUCGGUGUCUCUGAUUCAAAUGGAUUAUCAUCUGCAGUGAAAGAGGCUGAACCAAAAUGUAAUAAUUGUUCACAACGUGGGCAUUUAAAGAAGAAUUGUCCUCAUGUAAUAUGUACAUAUUGUGGUUCAAUGGAUGAUCAUUAUUCUCAACAUUGUCCGAAAGCUAUUAAGUGUUCAAAUUGUAAUGAAAAGGGACAUUAUAGGUCACAAUGUCCUCAAAAAUGGAAAAAAGUAUAUUGUACAUUAUGUGAUAGUAAUAAACAUUCUAGAGAUAGAUGCCCAAGUAUUUGGAGAGUUUAUCUAUUACGUGAUGAUAUUAGUCAAGAAAGAAAGACUCCAAAAGGUUUAUCAUUGGACAUGGAAAAGGUAUUCUGUUAUAAUUGUGGUUUAACAGGUCAUUUUGGUGAUGAUUGUAGUGAGAGAAGAUCAUCUCGUGUACCAAAUGAAGAUGGAAGUGCAUUCUCAGGUGAAAAUUUAUCUUAUGUGUUAAAGGAUGAGUAUUUCGAUAAUGUGGAUUCGCAAUAUGUAAAUUCUCGUAGAUAUGAUCAUGGUGGUUAUAAUUCUCGUGGUGGAAGAGAGGCAUAUUUUUCAAAUAAUAAUAAUAAUAAUAAUGGUGGAUUUGAUUAUAAUGAUUAUGAAUAUGACGAUUCCAAAUAUGAUAAUGAUUAUCAAAAUACUAAUAAAUCGAAAAAACGUUUUAGAAAUGAUAGACAGAAUCACAACAGUAAUAAUAAUGGAUAUAUUCAACCUACACGUAGAGGUAAUACAUUACAACCUAUGAGAGAUCAAUAUAAGAAUAAUUCUAAUAGCGGUGGUAAUAGACAACAACAGCAUCCUUUGACUUUUCCACGAUCUAACUACGGUGGAUCGAAUGCCAUUACACAAGGUUUAGAUAAUGCAAGAUACGCUAAUUCAUCAUCAUCGUACAAUAAUAACAAUAAUAGUUACAAUCAAAAUACCAAGAGAUAUAACCAAUACAAACCCUUUAGAAGUGGGACCAUCAAGAAGUAA